CCGGGAAUCCUAGGGAUCAGUUUCAAAGGCUCCAGAUGGCCCUCAACAACCGCGGCGGCGGUUUCCCGGGUGGAGCUCGUGGCGGCGGCGUGGGAGCCGGAGCUGUGCUCGUCGUCUUGCUGGGAGGAUGGGCUCUCUCCAACUCCAUGUUCAACGUUGAUGGUGGUCACCGUGCCAUCAAGUACUCCAGAGUUGGUGGUGUCAAGAAGGAAAUCUACAGCGAAGGAACUCAUCUUCGGAUUCCCUGGCUCGAGACCCCGAUCAUCUACGACGUCCGCGCCAAGCCGCGCAACAUUGCCUCCCUCACCGGUACCAAAGACUUGCAGAUGGUGAACAUCACCUGCCGUGUCCUGUCCAGACCCCGCGUCGACGCCCUUCCCCAAAUAUACCGUACUCUGGGCCAGGACUUUGACGAGCGCGUGCUUCCGUCCAUUGUGAACGAGGUCUUGAAGAGUGUGGUGGCGCAGUUCAACGCCAGCCAGCUGAUCACUCAGCGUGAGAACGUUGCCAGACUGGUCCGGGAGAACCUUGCUCGUCGGGCUGCCCGGUUCAACAUUGCCCUGGACGAUGUGUCGCUUACGCACUUGACCUUCUCCCCCGAGUUCACGGCCGCCGUCGAGGCCAAGCAGGUCGCCCAGCAGGAGGCCCAGCGGGCCGCUUUCUUGGUCGACAAGGCUCGUCAGGAGAAGCAGGCUUUCAUUGUCCGCGCCCAGGGUGAGGCUCGUUCGGCUGAGCUGAUUGGUGACGCGAUCAAGAAGAGCAAGAGUUACAUCGAGCUGCGUAAGAUCGAGAACGCGCGCCAGAUCGCCCAGAUCCUGCAGGAGAACGGCGGCAAGAACAAGCUGUACCUGGACUCGCAGGGUCUGGGCUUGAACGUCAACGCCGGUGCGGAUGACUCGAAAUAAGCGGGCAGAACGUCGGGGUCUGCCAGGCAGUGGCAGGCAUGGGUUUUUAAUGAUGUAGCAGUCAUGGCGCUAAGAGUCGUCCGGCAGGGCGGCAGGUGUGGCAUCAGGUACUUGUACAAAUAGUUUUCAGGUUCUCGAGCAACAGGCGAACAGUUUCUCUUCUCUUACA